AAACCGGCCACCGGACCGCUGGACCGAACAGUGAGGUAACGUCUCUCGCUUGAAUCACAUCGACUCCCAAGCCAUGGAGAACCUCAGCCAGGUCCCCCCACAAGCUGCCGGUGCAAAAUCCCAAGAAGAUGAAGCAAAACGCGCUCAGGAGGAGCAGAUGAGGCGGGAUUUGAUGGCAACUGUGUUGGAUACGGCAGCUCGGGAACGUUUGUCCCGAAUCGCGCUUGUCAGUCCAGAACGAUCGCAGCAAAUCGAAGGCAUCUUGUUCAGGAUGGUGAAGUCGGGCCAGUUGAAAGGACGAGUGUCGGAAAACCAACUCAUUGAACUCCUGGACCAAGUGGAAGAAGCUCAGGGUGCCAAGACGGCAAAGAAAUCGACAAUUGUGUAUCAGCGAAGGAAGGAUAUCGACGAAGACGAUUUCGACUUUUAAACAACUUGUAUAUCUAACAACAUAUUCAUCUCGUAUAUCCACUUGCUUUCUAGUUUUCUCCGGAAUUCCUCGGCCAGCUCUUCCGUGACGACCACGC